AUUGCAAAAAAGAACUAACAUGGCUGCGAUAAUACGCAACGCCAUGCAAGAGUAUAACGUGUAUCCAAGUGAUAUUGACGGGAAAUAUAAAUUACAGAACGUACGUGGAAACGCACAUUCUCGUUGUUCACGUAAAACAUGUGGAAAGUCAUGGGGCUCUCAUCUUGGGUGGAUAACGAUAGAUUUCCAACAACGAAGGAUAAGUAAAUUCUGGCAACAGAAAUGUAAAUCUUGCGGACAAACAGAAAGAAUGCACUUCAGCCCAGACGAACUGGCCAGAAUGAUUGAAAUCGCACUUAUCAGAUGCCUGGCGUUAAUUGAUGGAACAUAUGUUGACAAUCGUCGGGAUGGAGAAGACACUACUAUAGCAAAGCCACACAAGCCUGAGUUGUGUGAGAAAUGCAAGUGGGGGGAACGAAGGUGCUGGGUUUCGAGAGCACGUUAAAACUGAUACAAAUGAUUCGUUUACAUUGUAUAACCUGAGACAACGAGCCUUUUAGGAUUAAGCCAGUGGUCUGAAAACUACGGCAUAGUAUUCUAAUUACGCUUAUAUAUUCCUCUAUGGAAAAUCAGUUGAUGAUAAAUAAACUAAA